AUGGCACAAGAAAUGUCACCACAAAAGGAGGAAGCUCAAAACCAACCAAAGCGAAGAUUCAAAAUGAUGGCUCAAAAGAGUAAAUCAAAGCCAAAGCCAAAGCCAAACUAUGAUCGGAAAGCAAAGCACCCAGAUUAUGUCCAAUUUCGGUGCAAUGUCAACGCUUUCAACAGCAUCAUUACGGAUGUAAAAGACAAGCUGAAUGAAAGGCAGAAGAAGCUUCUCAAGAACACCCCAUUUUGGAACUUGAUUGAGGUGUUUUACAACCGAAGGAUUGACAUGAAUAACAUGAAUAAGUCAGACCUUGACUUAGUUCAGCUGCUCAAGAAGUUUGAUCCAGAUACAAAGUCCUUCAAAUUUGGCACCGAAGCAUUCAAGAUCACAGGCAAUGCAGUGACUCAGAUUCUAGGACUGCCAAAUGAAGGAAAAUCUGUCAAACUUGUCAAUGAUAGGUACACUUCUACCUUUAGAAUAAGGCACUUUGGAGAAAAGGGAAAACCAUCAAAAAAUCUGGUAGAAGCAGAAUUACUGAAGACAAUUUCAUUGGCAAACCAACCGAAGAAAGAAAAGGCCAAGGCAGAGCAAAAGAAAGAAGCUGAAGAAGAAGAAGAAGAAGUUGACUACGACAAGGAGGUGGUCAGCAUAAUAUUGAUUCACCUAUGCAUGACAUUCCUUUUUGCCAACGCUUCGUCUACUUUGCAUUGGAAAGUAUUUGAGCACUGUGUGAAUCUGGACACACUUUCAAGCUAUUCUUGGGCAAGUGCUGUUUCAGCCUACAUGAAUGAAUCCUUGGUCGCAAAAGCAAAAGCAAAAGCAAAGAAGGGAGGAGAAGGCUCUAUAGGAGCUGUUUCGGGUUGCAUUAUCCUAAUAUUGUUUCUACUGUGUGAGAGGACAAACAUAAUACAACCAAUCCUGGGCAAAGAGAAAGAAACUCCUGCCAUUCUUAAAUGGAGUCUUGUGGAACUCCACACAAGAUUCAACCAAAUAAAGGACUUGAAUGACAUCGAGGGUAUUUUCAAAACUCCUAAAAAGCGAAAAACUACCAGGGAAGAGGAAGACACUGUUGACAAGGGUAUUUUGAAAGCAUAUAAAAAGAGAAAAACUACCAGAGAAGAGGGAGACCCUCUUGACAAGAAAAAGAAGAUGCAGAAAAAAGAAAAAGAAGAUGAAGGACAACAAAGAGAAGCAGAGGAAGCAGAAGACCAAGGAAAACCUGAUAAAACUGAUCAAACUCCAGAAUUAAAAGAGGAUGGAAAGAAGAAAAUGUUUGAGAAUGAAGCUGGAAAUGAACCUCUUGCAAUUCAAGACCUCUUGGUGAAGUCCAUGACAGACCAAAUCAACUAUCACCAACGUCAAGAUCCUAGCUUCAUUUGCCCAGAAAGAUUACAACUGUGGAAGGAUGAAAAAAAUGAAGACAGUGAGAAGAAAAUGAAGGAAUUGUGGGAUAUAUUUAUCCAAGGAGAAAAGAGAUCAAAGGAGCUGGAAGCGAAGUUGGCAACAUACGUAGAGAAAUUAGAUAAUGAAGAAUAUGUGACUGCCACCAUGACAGUGGAAUCUACCGUUCAGCUUCAGGAAAUAGAAAAUCUAAAAAGGAGGAUUGCAGAAUUGGAAGGCAAGGAAACUCGGAUUGACAUGGAGAAGAUUGCCAAGAAAAAGGAGAUUGAAGAAAAGUACAAGGUAGAAAUUCAAAGCUUGUUGUCAGACCCAACAGUCUUUGAAAUGGAGAUGGAUCUGCCUACAACACAACCAACACAACCAGUUGAAGAGCAAGAAGAAGAAGAAGAAGAGAAAGAAGAAGAGAAGCAACAAGAAGAGAAAGAAGAAGAGAAGAAGCAAGACGCUCCAACACCUGAUGUUCCUUCAAGAGUACUAAGGCUGAAGAAUAGAGAAAGAAAGAGGCUUCAAGCAUCUUGCUAUGUGUACGAAAAAAAUAAGAAACCAAAAAGAAGGCAAAAAAGGAUGAUGAAGAACUACCACAAUUCAAGAUUAUCUCUUCCGAGGAGCAAUCAACACAAGAGGAUCCUCAAAAUCAGAAGGUGGUAUGCAAUUACUGCAUUAACACAAGAGGCAUCUCAGCCCGAUGCCACAAAUCCAAUUCCUGAUCCCCCAAAAGGAACGAGCCUUCAUGAUUCAAUACUUGUAGGUAUGCAAGAAUCAAAUGAUGAAGAUGAAGGACAAAAAAAGCCAACAAAGAAAAAACUAGGAUGGGGUCAAAAGAAGGUUUGGCAGAAAAUUCCAAAGGAGGACAGGGACAGAAUUCAAGAAUACUACUUAAGUACCCAACCUAGUGAUAACUUUUGGGCAGGACUCGAUAGUGAGAAAGUGACAAACCAUGAUAUCAAAGAUAUUGUAUGGGACCUGGAACUGUCACAAAACGUUAUUGAGGCCUAUAUCCAAAUAGAGGAGGAGAAAAUAGGGCCCAUGCAGACAGAUAGUCCACAGUACAUGUCUACAUGGACUUGGGCUUACAUGCAAACCUUUCUAGAACCAAAUUGGCAUAGGGCCCUGUAUGAACACUUACUUGAAAAACUCGGGAAAUGCAAUGUUCUCUUCUUCCCGAUCAUUUCAAGUUCUGAGUUCCACUUUACACUUCUCACAUUUCACAAAAUUGAACGAAAGUGGAGACACUACAAUCCACUUAGAUCGUUGGGAUCUAGAAAAGAAGAAAAGUGUAUUGACAUUGCUCAAAAUUUUGUUAAUAUUGUGGAAGGGUGGCUAGAAUAUAUCAGACCACAAGCACAAGAGUUCUUAGAAACUAAAAAAAUACCAAAACUUGUGAAGCAAAAAGAAGGGCCCCCUACACCUGCACAGGUUGAUUUGUCCCAAAUGAAGAACUCACUCUAA